AUGAAUUUUCUCUUUAUGUUUUAUGGGCCUCCAUGUAGUGGAAAAGAUACAUUAAUCAACUUUUUAAUUAAAAAAAAAAAAAUAAUUUUAUUUUUUAUUUAUCUAUUAUAUAACUUAAAAAAGAAAAACAUAUCAUAUAAACAUAAUUAUGAAAAGGUAUUCUUCAUACAACUAAUAAAAUGGUGUAGCAAAAUAAGUAAUAAUAAUAAUGGAGGCCAAAAAAUAAAUAUAUCCUUCCUUUCUUUAAUACAUUUAUAUAAAACUUUAUUUACCCCCUCCUUGGGAGACUCUCCAUUUCGCUCAGCUUUGCAAACCUCUCUCAAUCCCGUCUAUAACAAAAUUAAAAAUGUAAAAAAAGGAAAAGAAGUAAACAAAACAAAGCAACUAUGCGUUUCCCCCCAUACACAUCUUAAAAAUGCUAAGCAUAAGCAUGUUCAACAUUUUGGCUAUCGCUAUGAACACGCUAACAAAAAUGACAACACUAAAACUGGCAUAAAAAUAAGUAGAAAAAAAAUAUUAAACCGUAUAGUUAAGCCAAAAACGUUUUUUAUAUUUUAUAAAAAAUUUUCUAAACAUUUUCAAAAUUUUUUAUCCAAGCACAAAACUUCUAUUCAUAAUAUAUCACCAGACUAUAUUGAGAAACAAUUUUAUUCUACAAAAAAUAAAAAAAGACAUAUAAAUCAGUAUAAGAAAAUUAAAAAAAAUGAAAAAAAUAACAUUGCAGUAGUAACUAACAAAAUUUUUAUUUUUAAAAAGCAAAACCCCAAAACGAAAAUAUAUUACCCUGACAUAAAAAAACGAUGUCUAAAAAAUAAACUUUUUUUUUUAUCAAACAUUAGUAGAAGUAAAAACAUAAAACCUACACUAAUUAAUCAAAAAAAAUACUGGAAAAUUGCCAGAAAAGUUGCAUAUUUAUAUUGCUAUCACUUGAUCAGUCAAAAUGAUAAAAAAAAAUCCCAUGCCAAACACGAUCAAAAUAAAAUAAUUAUAUUGAACGACACUUUUCACUUUCCUUCAAUGAGAAAAAAAUAUUAUUUAUUCUCAAAAAAAUACAAUUCUCUAUACAUCCAAACAUUUUUAAAUACACCAUUAAAAACGUGUGUAAAAUUAAAUAUAAAUAGAGACAAGUUUAAAUAUAUAUCUAAUGAAACUAUUAUAAAAAAUUGUUUAUAUCACAACAAAUAUGCAAUCAGACUUAAAAAAAACAAACAAAAAAAUAAUCCUCGUAUGAUUAAUUAUGUUAAGGCUACUCGAAAGUGGCAAGCAAAUACUAUAUCUAUCCAAGUUAAUCGAUUAAAAAAUAAAAACAAGCUUACAGAACUAUUAUUCUUUAUAUACAAAUAUUUUACAACUUUUAUAAAAGAAAUAAAAAAAGAAAAAACAGUCAUAAAAAAAGAAUGUCCCAAUCCACUAAUUCAAACAAGUAUUUUGGAGAUUAUCAAUAAGAAUGCUAACAAAAUUAUUCAUGAAAAAUUAAAAAAUAUACCAAAUGAUCAAAAGAAUGCCUAUGCUCAAAAAUACCGUCUUAUCAAAUUGCGACUCUUAAAAGAAUACAGAAUAUCUAAAAAUUACAACAUAAAAGAUAUAGAGAGUUAUUUUACAAUUGAUUAG